UCUAUAUAUAGUCUAGAACAAUCGCUUUAGCUUCGGCAAGUACUUGAACUGUCGAUAACUCUAGCCUUUUUAAUCUUUUAUGUACUACUGAAAACUCUCUCGUUUUCUUCUUUUUCCAUAAAAGCGAGUGAUCUCUCUUUCAAUGGAGUCUCUAACCCUAAUUUCACAAUCCCGCUCUCUUUCUAUAAGUUCAAACCUUAGGAUCCUUUCAUCUCCCAAUGUCUCCUCCACUUUUAUCCCCAAGGAUGUCCCAUAUUUCAAAACUCAGUUUCUUAAACUUCCUGGCAUGGCUACUAGGAACGUUAUCGUAUCGGCCGCGAUGAGUGAGAAGCCCUGGAAGAGGUACAGUACUGGAGGAGAAGCUAAAGGGUUUGUGGAUGAGAUGAGGUUGGUAGCUAUGACACUGCACACGAGACAACAGGCACAGGAAGGAGAAAUGGAAGCCAAGGCCCCCGAAGAACAGCGUGUAGAGGAAUGGGAACCUACUCUUGAUGGCUACUUGAAGUUCCUUGUGGAUAUCAAAGUGGUUUAUGAUACGCUUGAACAGAUUAUUGAAAAGCCUUCUUUUCCUAGCGAUGGUGAAUUCAGAAACACUGGGUUGGAGAGGUCUGAAAAGUUGGCCAAGGAUUUAAAGUGGUUCGAAGAGAAAGGGUAUGGAGUUCCAGAGGCAUCAUCUCCUGGUGUUGCUUAUGCCAAAUAUCUUAAACAAUUAUCUGAGAAGGACCCUCAGGCAUUUAUAUGCCAUUUCUACAACAUUUAUUUUGCCAACACAGCCGGUGGUCGGAUCAUUGCCAAGAAGGUAGCUGAGAAGAUCCUCGACAGCAGGGAAUUGGAGUUCUAUAAAUGGGAUGGUGAACUUUCGCAACUAUUACAAAAUGUAAGGGAUAAGCUGAAUAAAGUUGCUGAGAACUGGAGUAGAGAAGAGAAGAACCAUUGUUUGGGAGAAACUGAGAUAUCGUUCAAGUUUUAUAGAGAGAUCGUUCGACUCAUGUUGUCCUAGAGCUGGGUAGCUAGGGUUGGUUCCUAACUGCCUGCUUGUUGUCGUGCUAUUGUGUUAGUCCAAGUCUCAUGUUUACUGAAUAAGACCGUGUCCUUCAAAAAAACAAGUCUACGCGUUACGAUUGGAAUAAAUUUACUAGGAUGGAGUUUCUCGGUUUC